AUGCUUCAGGGCGUCGUAGAUGUUUGGUGGCUGUACGACGACGGAGGACUCACACUCCUGAUACCACACCUUUUGACUAUCCCGAAGAGUUAUUUGGAGGGUGCGAAAUUGCGUGUAUUUACGAUCUCGACGAGUUCUCGAACGAUGGAACAGGAACAACGAAGCAUGGCAGCGUUGUUGUCGAAAUUCCGAAUAAAUUUCAGCGACGUGUCCGUUAUUUCUGACAUUGGACGAAAACCCAGACCAGAGACCAUGAUGGUUUGGGAAACUUUGAUCGCACCGUUCAUUUGCAAAGAUGAUCAGGAUUGUCCUCCCGGUAUGACCACACACCAAAACCUGAGGCUGGAAUGCGCCAGAACACCGGAAAAACUAUCGACACUGCGUACUGCUGAACUUCUUCAUGAUCACUCUAUGGACGUCGAUCUUGUCGUUAUAAAAUUCUUUGAUUUGGAAAUUUUGGUAGGAUUAGCUUUGUAA